GCGCCGCCCGUCGCCAUGGCGGACGAGGAGCUGGAGGCGCUGCGGCAGCAGCGGCUGGCCGAGCUGCAGGCCAAGCACGGGGAUCCUUCUGGUGAUCCAUCACAACAGGAAGCAAAACAGAGGGAAGCAGAGAUAAGAAAUACUAUUUUAGCUCAAGUUCUAGAUCAAGCAGCUCGUGCAAGAUUAAGCAAUCUGGCCCUUGUCAAACCAGAUAAAGCAAAAGCAGUGGAGAAUUAUCUUAUACAGAUGGCAAGAUUUGGACAGCUACCUGGAAAAAUAUCAGAACAGGGUUUGAUAGAAAUACUGGAAAAAGUGAGUCAGCAAACAGAAAAGAAAACAACGGUAAAGUUCAACAGAAGAAAAGUAUUGGAUUCGGAUGAAGAAGAUGAUUAUUAAAUACACUGUAAGACUGUCUGCCAAACAACCUGCCUGGAAAAAAAGGCAAUAUACUGUAUCAGGCAGUUGGAAAGAUCUGAAAAUGUUUACGUUUCUUUUUUUUUUUUUAUUAUUAUAAAGGCCAACAAGUGAACUUGUCAAAUAAAUCUGAGAAGGGGACUUGAUAACUUAAACUUUUGUAGUGUAAGAGCCCUGAGCAGUGUGGGGUUCCCUGCUGCUUCCUUAGCAUGAACGUUUUGUUUCCCCUUGCUCAGGGUGCAGGUUAUGUUAUCAACUUGUGCACACCCUUAACUUGCUGCUCUUAGAGACACGGUAACCUAAGUACUCCACCUACAACAGUGGGAAUAGCUAAAAGUUUAAAGUCUAAAUUACAGAAGCUCAUUUAAAAACAAGAUUUCCCGAGUCCCUGAAGGAGUUCCUAGCCGGCAGCUCACUGCCUCUUGAGUCUGUACUGGAAACUGAGAAAAUAAAGUGUUUUGGUAUCAAAGUACUGAUGAUUGGAGUUUAGAAUUUGAGGAUUUCUUAUCAAGAAGACUGUGUACAGAAAUUGCAGCCGGCAUCUACCUGAACUGUUCCCCCAUUAAAUAAUGAAGUUCACACACAGCAAGUUAAGUUUAGUGUGUAGUACAGCACUGUUCAGACA